GCGCACGCUUUUGAAAAUAUACGUCUUAACAGAAAAGUAUAUCAGAAUAUCCAUACAUUUGCAAAUCUGGAAAUCGAAGAUUUAUUAUUUUCUUACGAUGUCUUCGUGGAAAGACAGAAAAUUCUUUAAAUUUCCUGCUAGAGAUUCAUUUCGAUUACCUAAGUUCGGGCAUUCAUUCAAGGAACUGAUGUGUGCAGGAGUCCAAAUUAUUGGUGGCACAGCUCUUACCACCUACACGUAUGAUAAUCCAACAUACAGGAUUUUACCCUUCAUGUAUUUUGCAAUUGCCAUUGGUGGAGCUUAUCAUGUUUUCAAAAUUAUGCAGGAAAAUUACUGUUCAGUGCGUAUUAAAACUAAUAGAAUUCAGUCAGCAUGGGAAUUGGCAAAUGGAGCUCUCGCCUAUUCUGUAGGAAUUUACGCAUUCAGUGAAGGCUUGAAAAGUGGAGAUAAAAUUUGGAUUCCCUGUCUCGCAGUUGCUACCUCUGGUUACUAUUUUUGCAUAAAAGCUUUUCAUGAUUUGGUACCAAUUUUUAAUAGGAGACCCAUUUUGCAAUUAUGUCAUCUGAUGUUUGAACCAGGACUAAUAGCAUGCGCAGACACCUACUUGAUUUAUUAUCGGCAUCAUGAAGAAAACUGCCUCUAUUGGCUGCCAUUUGUCUUUAUUGGGAUUAUUGGAUUUAAUAUUGCCACUGAAGGAUUUAGUGAAGCAGAUAAUAGAGACAAAAGUUCGUUGCUACUUAAAGUGAUUAAAACAAUGAUGGGUGGAUGCGUCCUUACCUUAAGCUGUCUAGUUCUGACUAUUUAUGGAUCAAUAAACAAAUUCCAUUCGCUAUGGAUUACUUUUAUGGUUGGCGGUAUAUUCUUUGGCGCUUUUCUUAUCUUCGGAUCCCUUACUUGUCUUCGGCGAUAUAUUGACUUGGAGACGCAAAUAUUUCUUUCCUUCUCUGGCAUGAUAGCUGGGCCACUCGUAUUCUCUUCUGCAUGCUUCACAAUUCACUAUGUGGAAGAUGCAUCUAUGGUGCGUUUUAUAUUCCUACUUCUAGCUGGAUUAGGCCAUUUUCUUCUCUGCAGAUCGAUCUAUGAGUUUUACAAGAUGCUUCCUGUACCAUUUCUUCGAAAAUGCUAUCUGUGCUUGUUGGGUCCCGUGGUGACAAUAUACAGUUCUUUUGUUGCAACAUGCAUUGGUCGCCGAAUGGGUUGGCGAUUCUCUCUAGUGAUAAUGCCUUUCAUACCUGCUGGAAUGUAUGCUACAUAUAGAGGUUUCAGAAAAGAAAAAGACAGGGAUAUUAUCAUGGACAGAAUGGCAAAAAUACAUAAAAAAUAUCAGAAGAACGUUGCUCUGCGUAGGUACAUGUCUCCUGCAUGACUGUACAAUUUUUAAUCCCAUUUUGUGGUAUUCUAUUCCUGAUCAAGAUAUGAAAUCAUGGUUCCCAUCCAUCAAAUUCAUUCUCAAGAAAAUAAAUAUGAACAUGCAAUACAGAAUAUAUUCAAACCAGAAACAUGCUUAUUAAUUACUCACAUAUGUUUUUAAAGUUUUACCUGGAUCUCUUUUGGUUAGGACAAUGGAUUCUUACCUUGCAUUUUAAUUUGUUAAAAAACGAGAUACAAUGAAUGCUUUUACCCAUGUUAUUCAUUUACCUGCUUAUUGUAAUGAUAUUAAUCAGAAAUAAAAUUCAUGUGUCAGA